AUGCAAAUUAUGAGUGCUCCACCAUCUGAAGUUGUACUCCCAGUCGAAGGACAAAGAAAUAUAUUGAUUACAUCGGCGUUGCCCUAUGUCAACAAUGUUCCACAUCUCGGAAAUAUCAUUGGUUGCGUGCUGAGCGGUGAUGUCUACGCUAGAUACUGUCGUAUGCGUGGAUACAACACCAUCUAUAUCUGCGGUACCGACGAGUACGGAACUGCAACAGAGACAAAGGCACUGCAAGAAGGUGUAACUCCAAAGGAGAUCUGCGAUCGUUAUCACGUCAUUCACCGUGAUAUCUACAAGUGGUUCAACAUCGGAUUCGACAAGUUCGGACGUACCUCGACCGACUCUCAAACUGAAAUCGCACAAGACAUCUUCAUGAAGCUCUACAAGAAUGAGCUGACAACCUCUGAAGAAAUCGAACAACUCUAUUGUGAAAGAUGUAAUAUGUUUUUAGCUGAUAGAUAUGUUGAAGGAACAUGUCCACAUUGUCAAUUUGAAGACGCAAGAGGUGAUCAAUGUGAUAAUUGUACAAAGAUGUUGAAUCCAACCGACUUGAUUAGACCACGUUGUAAGUUAGACUCUACCACACCAGUUCUCAAGUCAACCAAACAUAUCUUUUUGUCACUUCCAAAGAUUCAACAGAGAUUAGAUGACUUUGUAACUCAAUCAUCUCCAAUCUGGUCGGAAAAUUCCCAAAGAAUCACUAAUUCAUGGGUCAAAGGUGAAUUGAAAUCAAGAUGUAUCACAAGAGAUUUGAAAUGGGGUACACCAGUUCCAUUGGAAGAAUUUAAAGAAAAAGUAUUCUAUGUUUGGUUCGAUGCACCAAUUGGUUAUCUUUCGAUUACAAAGGAAUAUACAGAGCAAUGGGAACAAUGGUGGAAGAAUCCAAAGAAUGUAGAGUUGGUACAGUUCAUGGGUAAAGAUAACGUUCCAUUCCACACUGUUAUUUUCCCAUCGUCUUUGAUUGGUUCUGGCGAUCAAUACACUUUGCUCCACAAUCUUUCAACCACCGAAUACCUCAAUUAUGAAUCUGGUAAGUUCUCAAAGUCAAGAAAUACCGGUGUUUUCGGUGACAAUGCUAUGGGUACAGGUGUACCAGCCGAUAUCUGGCGUUACUACCUCCUCUCCAACCGUCCAGAAAAGAUCGACUCGACAUUCUCGUGGGCAGACUUUGGAUUGAAGACAAACACAGAGUUGCUCUCCAACUUUGGUAAUCUUGUAAAUCGUGUGCUGAAACAGGUAUCUUCGGAUCUCAACGGUGUCAUUCCCAAGAUCGAGUUGAACGACGAAGACAGACAAUUCAUUGCCGAUGUCGACAAGCUCUACAUUGAGUAUUUGAAUGAUUUGGAGCAUGUGCAUAUCAAGGACGGUCUCAGAACUGCCAUGUCCAUGUCAAAGCUUGGAAAUCAAUACAUGCAAUCCAACAAGCCAUGGGAGUUGAAGGAGAAGGAUCCACUUAGAUUCGGAACCAUCUUGACAGUACUCGUCAACACCAUCAAGCUGUUGGCAACCGUUUUCGAGCCAUAUCUCCCAGAGAUCACCGCCAAAGUCCACGAACAACUCAAUAUGCAACCAACUAAAUACUCUGUGAAUUUCGAAUUCCUCAUCACCGAGGGACAUGCCAUCUCCAAGAAUAUCGUACCACUCAUCAACAAGAUUGAGAAUACCGAUCUCGAAAAAUUCCGUUCCAAAUUCUCUGGACCAGUUCUCGAGGAAUUCCCAUUGGAUUUACAGGUUGCUCAGAUCAAAGAGGUCGCUGACCAUCCAACUGCAGAGUCGUUGUACGUUCUCAAGGCAGAGUUGGCAGGAGGUGCGGUACGUACUGUUGUCGCCGGUCUCAAGGCAACUCACACCAAGGAACAGCUACUCAACAAGAAGAUCGCAUUGCUAUUGAAUUUGAAGCCAGCCAAGUUCCAAGGUGUCGCUAGUGAAGGUAUGGUUGUUGUAGCCGACAAUGAAAAUAAAGAAUCACCAGUUGUUUCAUUGUUGUUGGUUGCCGACAACACUGAGCUCGGAACCAAGAUCAACGUCAAGGGUAUGAAGUUGGCACCAAAGCCAGGAAUGGACUAUGUCAAAGGAUUCAAGAAAUUGGAUUUGAAGGUCAAAGACGGUGAGAUUCUCUUCAAGGGUGCUCCAAUUCACAUCAACAAUCAACCAUUGACAUUAGAAAAACCAAUCUCAACUGGUAUUCUUAGAUAA